AUGUCUUUCAGAUACCACCUUAUAAUUGCUCUUGCCACCGGUCAGCUUGUCAAAUCACAGGCUGAGUAUGACUGUUGUCCUCCGCCAGACUCCAACCCAUUAACUUGGGGAUUUUAUUGCACUCCAGAAGUUCAGCAGCCCACGGGACUCGACGUUGAGGGUACCAUUCCUACUUGGCUGACAGGGUCGCUAUACCGUGGAGCCUCUGCCACCUGGGAUGUUGGCAACUUCACGGCUGAGCACUGGUUCGACGGAUUCAGUCGCAAUCAUCGCUUCGAAAUUGCCGACGGAAAGGUCACCUACCGUAGUCGUAAUGCAUCCGACGAGCUGAUGGACUUUAUUCAGGAAACGGGACGUUACCCGGGGGGGUCUUUCGGUGUCGACCCUUGCAAGGUCAUCUUUGGUGCCCUCGAAACCAAAUUUAGGAACCGCACCUACAGCCCAGGCGAUAAAAGUACAAAUAACGUCAACGUGGCCUGGAUACCUAACUAUCCUGGUCUUGAGCGUAAUACAACAAGUGAAGGCGGCCCCUUUUUGACUCUUGCCAUGACUACCGAGGGUAAUCCUCUACAACAGAUAGACCCAGUCACACUUGAGCCUAUCGAGCUCUUUACCUACUCUGCCGCUGAUUCAUCUGACGAGGGGGUGCUAGGGACUGAUGGUGGGCGCCUAGCAGCUCACCCGGCCCACGGCUCUGAUGGAUCAGUCUAUAAUUACGUACUUGACACAUCAUCCAGUCCCCUCGCCUACAAGAUCUUCGGCGUCGGCCCAACAGGAGAAGUAAGCGUACUCGCAACCAUCACCGACGCACCGCCCGCCUACAUACACACUUUAUUCAGCACCGAAAACUACCUCAUACUUAUAGUUUGGCAAGCCGAUUUCAAACAAGACGGUACCAACCUCCUGAGUAGGCUUGGUCCUUGGGAUCCUAACCGAAAGACCCUCUUCUACGUGGUACCUAAAACCGGAGGCGGCGUGACCUCCAAGUAUAUUUCGGACGACGCAUUCUUUGCUUUUCAUCAAGUAAACAGCUUUGAAGAUAAAUCAGGAGCCAUCAAUCUUGAUCUACCGCGCAUGGAAAACUUAGAUUUCCUGUCAGCAGCACGCAUUGCGAACCUCAGGGCGAACCUCGGAACCAAGGAAGGUGCCUCUUCGAAGAAUGAUGUUGCUGCAACUUUCACCCGGUAUAGAUUGCCCGCCCAUCGGAAUUUCUCGAUACCCAUCAACAACAAUUCGUCACUGGAGACUUAUCCUGCCGAGAGGGUAUUCAGUCUUCCCUAUGCUGAGGCUAAUAUUGAACUCGCGAGAAUCAAUGAAGCAUACUCGGGGAAGCCAUACAGGUAUACCUGGGGUGUCCAUGUGGAGAAGCCAGGAUAUUUCAUCGACUCGCUGAUCAAAGUGGAUACACAUAAUAGGGAGUGGAAGAUCUGGUCUCCAGCCAAAGAGCAUGUCCCGUCCGAGCCUAUUUUUGUACCAGCUCCAGAGGCUACAGCUGAGGAUGACGGUGUAUUACUAUUCACUGCCUUGGAUUCGGCUGCGAGGAAGAGCUCCCUGGUUGUUUUGAACGCCACUACGAUGGAGGAGAUGGGAAGGGCCAGAAUGCCUAUUGUCAUGGGCUAUGGGUUCCACGGAGUCUGGGGUAAAGAUAUGUAA